AUGUCUGAGGCAAAGUUAAUAAGACAAGCUUCGCUGAGCUCAGCGUACAUGGAUCCUGGUCAAAGGAUUAAAGUCCUGGUAGAAUAUGGUUCACAUCUGGAGGUGGACAAGACCUUAGCCCUGAAGCACUACUUCAGGUCCGGCCAUGAAAUGUUGAGGAUGGCAAAUAUGUAUUGUGAUGAUGGUCAGUUGGAGAGUGCUUUCAUUUUAUAUUACAGAUACAUCACCCUUUUUAUGGAAAAGCUGCCUGCUCACCCAGAGUUUUCAAGUGAUAAUCAAGCUGAGAUAGCUGAGAUUAAAAGAAGGGUGAAAAAAGUCUUUCCAAUUGCAGAAGAAAUCAAAUCUAAGUUGAAGAAGCGAUACACUGAAGAGGAACAUGUUUACAAGGAGCAGCAG